UCCCAUGAUGAACAGACUCGUCCUGACGUCAUCCACGCUGCUGCUGUUGCUGUGUGUCUGGGUCAACUUGAGUCAAAGCAGUCCGGUGAGGUGCUGUACCAAAUAUUCAUCACUGCCGUUUCCUGUCCUCCGACUGAAAGACUUCACUCGACAGGACGCCACCAUGACCUGCAACAUAGAGGCUGUCAUUUUUACUACGGUGAAGAACAGACAGGUCUGUGCUAACCCUGAUGAUCUAUGGGUUCAGAGGGCCAUCGUGCAUAUCCAGAACACAAAAAAGUCAUCAUAAUGUGGACACCAUCAAAAACUGGCUUAAGCUGAACAAAUGAACAGAAACAGAAAUCCUUCAAUAUAAUGUAUUGUUUAGAAUGUAUUUUUAUAAUUAAUAAAUUAAUCAGUUG